AUGUCGAACAGCAAGGACGUCUUCGCAUCGCCACAGUACGGUCCAACAACGUAUCCCGACCAUACUCAACUGGAAACACAAAGAAAGCUAAUCCACACAUGCAGCUCAUACCUACCACCAUCUUCAGAAAUCACUGGCUUUCUAAACUCCGCACCUUCUAACUCCACCGCUACAAGACAGGCGGCGUCGAGAGACCCGAGGCGAACCCCUUCGUGGAGGAGGCGCAAGAGGCGGGGUGGUGGAGGGUCGAUGGUGAUUUCAUUCGGGGUGCUUUGCGGGGGUCGUUGGAAGCAGAGAACUGAGGCGGUUGAUUUGGCUUCAACUUCACAAGCCUGCUUAACCAGUCAAAAACACCCACUUGCCGGCACGCCCGAGGAAGUAAAGGGUGGCGCGACGCCGCAAUAUGGUCCGCCCAUGUCGCCCGCCAUCUUCAGUGAGAAAUGGUACGCCAAAUUCGAAGAGCUGCUAGCGACGAGCUUUUUCUGUACCCGCGAAGCCGACGCGACCUGGAUUGCCGACGUGUGCGAAGCAGGCUACGAGCACCUCUUCAACUUCCACGCUCAAGCCGCAGAACUCGACUUGCAAGAAGGAGAUCUCCCCAAACCUCAUGCACCUAAAGCUGCCGUGGACUCCGAGACUGAGCCAUCGUCGCCAAGAGCUAUGGCUGCGCAGGUCCGCACUGCCAGUCCGUUUUACGCCGCAGCGACUCUGCUGGACAUGGUCCACCCAUUUCUUUGCAGGCUGCAGUCUAUGAAGCUGGGCAAGCGAAUGCACGGCAUAUCGUGGCAGCAAUUGCCGUUGAGUGUUCGACAGCGCAUCAAUGAGCUCAUGCUGAAAGUCGAGGAUGCCAAGAAAGCCAAAUGGUGGAGUCUUUCGGAGACGCAGGAGAAGAGAUUGGUGGGAGAGUUGGGCGAGUACGAGGCGCGCUGGGACUUGCAGUAUCGAUUGCGGACCACUUGA